GUUUCAUGUCGCAUUCGGAACAUGUUACAACUUUGCAGCCUAGGCUCCCGGUAGUUUAUUGUUUUUGUUUUCAUUCAAGUUGGGUACAGUAGAAUCUUCUUGUAACUAACGAGCGUUACUUCGCACGUGCUGGAUGCUUCCUUCGUAAUCAGAGCGCCGCACCGCCGCACCGGUUCAAAUUCAGCGGGCCGCUCGCUGAAAUUCUCAUAGAGUUCGAGUCAGCGCCUUGUAGGUUCCCAGACAGUUCGCAACUCGCAUCAAUCCCGUUGGUGGCUUUAGUUUACCCAGUUUGAAAACAGAAGUUUGAAAUUAUUUUAGGGGUUGUAGGGGCAUUUUAGUCAAAAUUUAGUGUAAGGGGGGUAUAACUGUGUAAUGUGUUACUAAAAAGGAAGCUGGGGCAGUUUAGUCUACGGCAGGUACCGUCAGAUAGCUCCAAGUAUAUAUGCUUUAAAAAAAGCAAUUAAAUUUUAUGACCCUGUGUUAGUUGUUGUGGCUGCAGCCGUCUAACCUGGGAGAUACAAUGCUAGGAAAUGAGUGUGUUUUAACCUCGCCGGUUGAGAAAUUAAAGCAUAAUGGCAACUUGGCGCCUAUUCUAUCGUCUCCCGUUUCAGUGAAGAAUGAAGCGAUCGGGUUGUCUCCUGAAAACCAUCCGCGCCAGCAGCUCACACCCCCUGAUGCUGGAAGUCAUGUCUUGGAGGAGAAUGCCACCCCUGAUGUGAAAUCACAGUGUAAAUCGAAAUAUUAUGCCUGUCCACCAUCAGGCUCCUUGAAGCAUGUACACAGAACACCUCCCUCUCGUACUAAAAGUAUAGUAGUUACCAACCCAUUUGAUGUUGGUAUUGCGGACCGCCUACCUUUUCCCAUGUAUAGCCCUUCAGUAUUUGCCAGAGUUGUAAGCCCCAAUCAGGACAGCCCUACAUUUCGAUGGACCAUUGAAGACAUAUCUCGCAUCUACCCUGCUGAUAUAGAGGAAUUUCCAUCUCAUCAGUAUGAGGAGGCAGUUGAUCCUGAAUUAGAGUCUAAAGCCCAAGAAGCAAUCAACAGGUUCUUCCAUAAAAAUCAACCUCAUUUGCCUAGCCCUUGGAAUCCUAAGCCAGACUCCAAUGCACUCAGACAAGAAAUCAAUGCUGGAACACCAACCAUACCACAGCAAACUGUUAAUGCAACAUCAGGGGUAACACCUAAACAGCAUGUUGAUUCAGACUCAGACCUGGAUCAUAGUUCAGCAUCUCAAAAAAAUCCUUCCAGAGAAGUUUGGACCCAAACAACUUUAACACUACCACCAGUACUUCCUCCUAGUAUGGAGUUGGCUUUGAAACCAUUCUUUACUUUUACUCAGGAUCAGCAACAAGCUCAACAAGCAACAGAAGGAGACGAAGGUGCUAUGAGCACGUCAUCUCUUCGCCGUAAACUAUUUUUCCAAUCGGAUUCUUCUCCAUCUCCAGCUCCAGCCACUCCAAUGCAACCUUCACAUUUCAGCAUUACUCAUGGAUCUGUCAGUCAUUCCUUGGUUCAGUUUCAAGGGCGUAGUUUUGGCACUCCCCUACCUGGUAACAACCAAAUUCAGUCACCACCAGGCAUUUCCCCUGUACACAGUGGAGUUACCCCAAUGAGACGAGUCAAAUCAGCUACAAGACUUGACUUCACUCGAGACACAGAUGACAUGUCAAUUGAUGUUUCUAUAAUACAGAACCCACCAAGUACUCCCAGGCAAACUCAUUUGAUAGCCCAGGCUGGGGCUUGUUCUCCUCUUGGAACUGCACCUCUACAUGACAAAGAUUCCCCUGAAGUUGUGGAACUGGAACAUUCACAAAUUGGUGUAAAAUGGGCCAAAAGAAAUAAGAGAAAUUCUCUCAAUUGUUCUAGUGAUGCCAUGUCCAUUUCCCAAACUUCUACUCCCGUGAAAACUAAUGUAUCCAUGGAUUUAUCUUCAGCUCACAAUAUGAUGGAUAUUUCACAAAGUAAACCUUCUAGUCAGACAGAGGGCUGGAGAGAAGGUGAACCAUUGCCUGAUGUCACUUAUCAACAUGAGGUGACUAACUUUUCAUAUUCACAGCAUGCAGCAUCAUCUAAUAUGAUGUCGCAGGAUACUGGUUACGGAACUAGGUCUAGCUGUGAUCCUGUUACUUUUCAGAGUGGAACUAAUUCUAUGUUUGGUUUGUCACUUACACGAGAUAAAAUGGGUUAUGAGGAUAGUUUAGCUACCUGGCCAAUCAAUCCCAAUGUUGUUUCUUCCACACCAACUAAGACAUUGGGUACCAGAAUUUCAGAAUAUCAGCGUGACACUGCAUGAUUUAAAUUAUUCUUUGUAAUUAUUUUUAUACCAAUUAAUUCUGGAGUUAUGUGUAGCUUAAUGGAGUGGUCAAAAACUUUCUCCAAAUUAACUGCUUUGGCAGAUGUUCUGGAUUAAGAGCAUUUUCGGGGGCAUAAAAGGAAUGCCUUGAA